AUGGCCUCCCUUCGAGCGCGGAAUGUGGCGUUCGACCUCCAAGACACGCAUGCCUCCGGUUCUGCUGCCGCGGCGCCCCAUGCGGCGCCCAAGUCCGUGCUGAAGCAAAAGCAAAAUGCCACGCUACCGCCUCCCGCCCGAUACCGGCAUCCGGAUCCGUUGCUUCGGCGGCUGCGCAUGAUAGAUGGACAUGGCCAGGGUGUGGACCUCAAGCAAGCAUUUCGCGACACCAAGCUAGUCGUAUUCUACUUCGGGAGCCAUUGGAACGCGACCGAUGGCAGAGGAUGCCAACAGCUUGUAUCGAACCUGUGCCGACAAUACCCCCACGAGGUCAAAGUUGUGUAUGUCAGCGUCGAUACCGACGCUCGGCACUAUAAGGCUGCGACGCGCAAUCGGCCAUGGCUCUCGCUCGAGUGGCAUGAUGGAUCCUCGAUCGACCCGGACAAAGAAGAGGAGGAAGAAGACGCCUUGCCCGAGCAGUUCCUCCUCGCUGACGAUGCCGAUCCGGACGACUCUGUCGUGCAGUCCGAUGCCGCAGGCACGUCGUACGUCCGUCCUUUUAGUCGCGUGCACAUGGCGUACAAGUUUGACGUGCUGAUGACUCCGACGCUAGUCGUGUAUCACGUCCCCACCCGGCGCAUCCUCGACAAAAACGUGCGGCUCCAGCGCCUGCGCUCCGAGCGCUUGCACCAGAGUGUCUCGGUAUGGCUGCGCGGCGAAACGUCGCCGCCGAUCAACUGGAUCGACGUCAUGUACAUGACGCCCUGGACCUUUAUCUCAGCGGCCCUCCUACUUCUCUACCUGGGCCUCCGUCUCGUCCUGGGCAACCAAAUCAGCCUCUCACAUAUAUGGAAACAGUUCACGUAG